GUGGUGGAAAAGAACAGCAACAGCGGGUUUUUCCUGAAUCAUCGCGACAAGAAAAUCUUAGGCGUGCCGUGUGCACCCCGUUUCAUAGACUACCCAGCGCACAGCCACCCUCCGACUCAUUCGAAUACAGUGAUAGUCAGCGUCGACUACACAAUCUCUUCAUUUGACCUAUUCCAAAUUCACUGGAAACCGUGUGUUAUCAUUUUGUUUAAGUUCUUACCUUUUAUCGAUAUCGACCAGAUCCUCUACAAGUAAUAAAUCAAGAUGCCUUUCAAGCCAGUUGAGAACCCAAAGUGCCCAAAGUGCGGAAAGUCAGUGUACGCCGCUGAGGAGCGUGUUGCCGGUGGAUACAAAUUCCACAAGACUUGCUUCAAAUGUGGAAUGUGCAACAAGGCUCUUGACUCAACAAACUGCACAGAACACGAAAAGGAGCUCUUUUGUAAGAAUUGCCACGCCCGAAAAUAUGGACCCAAGGGAUAUGGUUUCGGUGGUGGUGCUGGAUGUCUCUCAAUGGACACUGGAUCCCAUUUACAAACUGAUGGUGCCCCUCUAGAGAUACGCAACGGUGCUUGCCUGGAACCAAGGGUCAUUGCAAGGGCUCCAGAAGGACAUGGAUGUCCAAGAUGUGGCGGUUAUGUUUAUGCUGCUGAGCAAAUGUUGGCGCGCGGAAAGGCCUGGCACAGAGAGUGCUUCAAGUGUGGCAAUUGCGCAAAGCGUCUUGAUUCGGUUAAUUGCUGCGAGGGUCCGGACAAAGACAUCUACUGUAAAGUAUGCUAUGCCAAGAAGUUCGGUCCGAAGGGCUAUGGUUACGGGCAAGGUGGUGGAGCCCUUCAGAGUGACUCUUUGGCUAAUGGGGAACUUGCUCCCAGAACGACUGUGGUUGAUACUGCCGUGAUCAAGGCAUCUCCUGGUCAGGGAUGUCCUCGCUGUGGAGGAGUCGUUUUCGCUGCUGAACAAGUGCUGUCCAAGGGACGCGAGUGGCAUCGCAAGUGCUACAAGUGUCGCGACUGUACUAAGACCCUUGACUCCAUAAUUGCUUGUGAUGGUCCCGAUCGUGAUGUCUACUGCAAGACUUGCUACGGAAAGAAGUGGGGACCCCAUGGCUAUGGAUUUGCCAGUGGUGCUGGUUUCUUGCAAACUGAUGGACUUACUGAGAUGGAAAUCUCUCAGAACAGACCUUUUUACAAUCCCGAUACCACUUCCAUUAAGGCCCCUGCUGGACAGGGAUGCCCCCGAUGUGGUGGAAUGGUGUUUGCAGCUGAACAACAACUGGCUAAGGGUACCAUGUGGCACAAGAAGUGCUUCAACUGUGCCGAAUGCCAUCGUCCACUUGAUUCAAUGCUAGCUUGUGACGGACCCGACCGUGAGAUUCACUGCAAGGCUUGCUACGGAAAGUUAUUCGGGCCUAAGGGUUUCGGUUAUGGCCACUCUCCCACUCUUGUGUCCACCAAUGGCGAAUCCACAAUUGCUUACUACUUGGAUGGCAACUUGACUAAUGCAAACUGUCCUGAAGCAAGACCAGUGACUGGUGCCAAGGCUGGCAGGGAGGGAGGAUGCAGAAGAUGUGGAUUUGCUGUGUAUGCUGCUGAACAGAUGAUCAGCAAGAAUAGAAUAUGGCACAGAAGAUGCUUCUCAUGCUGCGAUUGCCGCAAAUCACUCGACUCAACAAAUCUCAAUGAUGGUCCUGAUGGUGAAAUCUACUGCAGAGGUUGCUACAGCCGUAAUUUCGGCAUUAAGGGUGUAGGAUUCGGUCUGGGUGCUGGAACCCUAACAAUGGCUUAAGACGAGGUGUUGAUUGCCAAACACCAAAAAAAAAUCACCUCAUGCUUCUUUAGAAUUAAUCAUCGAUUUAUACAUUUUGACCCUGUUCCCCUUCGCGAUGCCUCAUCUUGUAACACAGACACACGGAAAACUGCUAAAGACUCUAGGUGUUGGACAUUGUUGCCGGUCUGGGAGAGACGUACUAACUCAUUUUUAUCAUUCUUUCCUGGAUUUUUCUUUUCGUCAUCAUUUUUAGAUUACGCACAAAACGAACAAAAUCAUUUUAAUCAGCUGACUUCACUAAAAACAAAUAUAUAUUUCAAAAGAACUUAAAAAAAAAGAAUUUAGAGGGAAUAAUACGAGCGAAAAAAAUUAGGCUAACGCAUUUUUAAUAAAAAAAAAUUAUACGUUUUUAAACCCAAAACAAAACCAUAUUUUACCUUAUUUGUUUUGAAUGUGAAUGAAAUAAUUGGAUUCUUUUUUUUCUAUUAUUCACCUAAUUAUACCCUAUUUCUAUUAUAUAAUAAUACAAAAUCUUGUAUCCACCAAUUUAUUAUACAAAUCUAGAAAAUAAAGAAUAAAGCAAUGAUUACAUAUUAAAAUAAA